AUGGAGCCCCAGACCGAGGGCAGCCCAGCAUUACUACCAGGCCUCCUGCCUCGCAUUUCACUGCAGAAAGAGGGCGCUGUGACCGUGGCAGCUUGCACUGUGCCCGGUCCGCACACAGGAAGCCUUUACACAAACCCAAAAUCUCGAGUGGCACAGCUAUCACUGCGAUGCCCUAGACCACUGCGCCACUCAGGAGGCCCCCUUGGGGCAACUUCUACCUUAAGUGAAACUGGUGAUGGUAAUUAUGAUGGGGGUGAUGAUGUUCACUGCAGGUCCUGGCUGAGGUGUGUUCGUGGGACCUCGCCCCUGUUCCUGAGCAAUACAAGAAGGUCUGUCACAGCCUGGCAGUGGUGUCUGGAGGAGUUGGACUCGAGUGUGAACCUGUUGGGUGAUGGACCCUGUUCGGCCUGCUGUCAGCCUGCCCCCUACUGGGCAGCCUCUCCCUGCCGGCCUGCAACCUCACAGCCUGCUACCAGUAGCCAUACAGCCUCAUACUGGCCAGCGCCUUUGCAGAUAAACAGCAACACUGCAUCGUACUGGCCAGUACCCUGGCAGGAUGACUGCUCCCUGACCCACCUGAAUCUGGCGGGAAAUGGACUGAUGGACAGCAGCAUUUCCACCCUCGCCAGGUGUCUGCCUCUCUGUCCCUCCAUGGUGUCUGUGGACCUGGCAUGGAACCCAGCGGUGACCUCAGCGGGACUCCACAGCAUCCUCUCCAACCGGCGACCUUUGACCUAUCUCAACCUCCAAGGUUGUCAGGUAGCCGGACCCUGGAGCAGCUCUAGUUUGGACGACUUGUCAGACCAGGUCCAGGACCUGUGGCUGUGCUCAACAAACUGGACUGCAAGGCGCUGCAGCAGAUCUGGGGCCAGAGGAGGCCCAGGGCCUGCUUCCUCUCCAGGGAUGCCAAGUGCCUGCUCACUACUGCCCCUUCACUGUGAGGAAGACUCCUUGAGUUUUCACACCUUUAAAGACUGGUGUCGCUUCGAUUCCAAUGUGUACACUUGAGAUUAUUUACACUCCUUGGUCCUCAUAUUUGAGGCAUCAUUUGGUGACACAGGCUGCAGAGGGAUCUCGGCACCAAUAUUUUGAAUGCAUUAUGUAGGUAUAAUUAUUACAGGGUGUGUGUGGGAACUCUUUCAAGACUGUUGGAAAAGUUUUCCUCAAGAAGCUGGUUGAGAGAAUGUCAAGAGUGAAAAGCUGUCAUCAAGGCAAAGGGUAGCUAGCUACCUUGAAGAACUUAUUCUACAAUGUAGAAUUUUUUUUUUUUUAAAUAAGAAAAACCAUUGAAUGAGUAGGUUUGUCCAAACUUUUGACUGGUACUGUACAUGUAAAUUCUGAGUCUGUAUUUGUAUUUUGUCUAAGUUUUGUGAGUAUUCAAUGGAAAACACAAAUAUUAAGUGAACAUAAUCAUCAUUAUUUAACUCUAUUUGCCAUGGUGCUUUUUUUCCAUGCAACCCCACAACAGUUGCUGACUGACUGAAGAAAUGGUCAAGCUGAGAAAUGAUUAAAUUGCUUCAUUCUGUCAAGUUCCCCCUAGUCUCUUCCCACAGCCACUGUAUCUCUGACACAACACUGGAGCGUCAUGAGUCUUGCAAAUGAAACCGUUUUCACACCCAACUUGGUGUGAGUUUCUAAAGACACACAGCUUCACACUGUGGUUUCAUUCCUUUUUAGUUAACCCACUGACUGGCCUUCUUCUCACUGUUUAAUGUUUCUACAGAGGAGGGUUUUGGGUGAGCGUCAAGAUACUGUUGGAAAGUGCCUAGUCACACAUCAGUGUUGUUACCUCAGUGUAUCACUAUAUCACUCAGAGAUUGGGCCAAAGCCAUUAUGGUUAGGAUAACAAAUUUCAUCACCUGUUAUUGUAAUUUCCAAUUUCUAAAAAGCAAUUACUAAAUGGUUUCUGUUAGUUCAACUUGUGGAUGGUGCUACUGCCACCUUGAUAACUAUUUAAGCAUACCCAUGUGUGUAAAGGGCUGCUAACCACUCUUAUGGUUGGGACAUUUUUGAAAACAUGCACAAACCUUUUCACAGUUUGAAAGAUGUAGUAUGCAUGCAUACUGAUACUUUCUAGAAAGUGCAGCAAGUACAUAUUAGUGGUCACAGUGUCUUCCCACAGCUGCUGUGUCUUACCUAUUUGAGGGAAACCAGACUAUGACAUGCAUGUGGUUAUGCUCUAGUCUAGCUAGAAUCCUCUCAGAAGCAGAUAUAUCAAAAUUACACUAUAUAAACCUCUGUUUUUUUUUAUUUGAGUCUCCCAAAAAUUGCAACCCUUCCCAUUUGGCUUUACAGCAUUUUAUUUAACCAGUAGACCUGUAUUUUUUUUAGGAACUCAGUCGUGACUUAUUGUUGAGAGUUAUUCAAGUAGAAUACACAAGGUGUAUCUUUUGAUGACAGGCUGCAGAGGGAUCUCAGGCAUUUCUAUUAUGUUAUAUUAAUAUUAUGCAUUAUGUAGAUACAGUGGGGCAAAAAAAGUAUUUAGUCAGCCACCAAUUGUGCAAGUUCUCCCACUUAAAAAUAUGAGAGAGGCCUGUAAUUUUCAUCAUAGGUACACUUCAACUAUGACAGACAAAAUGAGAAAAAAAAUCCAGAAAAUCACAUUGUAUGAUUUUUAUUGAAUUUAUUUGCAAAUUAUGGUGGAAAAUAAGUAUUUGGUCAAUAACAAAAGUUUAUCUCAAUACUUUGUUAUAUACCCUUUGUUGGCAAUGACAGAGGUCAAACAUUUUCUGUAGGUCUUCACAAGGUUUUCACACACUGUUGCUGGUAUCUUGCCCCAUUCCUCCAUGCAGAUCUCCUCUAGAGCAGUGAUGUUUUGGGGCUGUUGCUGGGCAACAAGGACUUUCAACUCCCUCCAAAGAUUUUCUAUGGGGUUGAGAUCUGGAGACUGGCUAGGCCACUCCAGGACCUAGAAAUGCUUCUUACGAAGCCACUCCUUCGUUGCCCGGGUGGUGUGUUUGGGAUCAUUGUCAUGCUGAAAGGCCCAGCCACGUUUCAUCUUCAAUGCCCUUGCUGAUGGAAGGAGGUUUUCACUCAAAAUCUCACGAUACAUGGCCCCAUUCAUUCGUUCCUUUACACGGAUCAGUCGUCCUGGUCCCUUUGCAGAAAAACAGCCCCAAAGCAUGAUGUUUCCACCCCCAUAAUUCACAGUAGGUAUGGUGUUCUUUGGAUGCAACUCAGCAUUCUUUGUCCUCCAAACACGACGAGUUGAGUUUUUACCAAAACGUUCUAAUGUGGUUUCAUCUGACCAUAUGACAUUCUCCCAAUCUUCUUCUGGAUCAUCCAAAUGCUCUCUAGCAAACUUCAGACGGGCCUGGACAUGUACUGGCUUAAGCAGGGGGGCACGUCUGGCACUGCAAGAUUUGAGUCCCUGGCGGCGUAGUGUGUUACUGAUGGUAGGCUUUGUUACUUUGGUCCCAGCUCUCUGCAGGUCAUUCACUAGGCCCCCCCCCGUGUGGUUCUGGGAUUUUUGCUCACCGUUCUUAUGAUCAUUUUGACCCCACGGGGUGAGAUCUUGCGUGGAGCCCCAGAUUGAGGGAGAUUAUCAGUGGUCUUGUACGUCGUCCAUUUCCUAAUAAUUGCUCCCACAGUUGAUUUCUUCAAACCAAGCUACUUACCUAUUGCAGAUUCAAUCUUCCCAGCCUGGUGCAGGUCUACAAUUUUGUUUCUGGUGUCCUUUGACAGCUCUUUGGUCUUGGCCAUAGUGGAGUUUGGAGUGUGACUGUUUGAGGUUGUGGACAGGUGUCUUUUAUACUGAUAACAAGUUCAAACAGGUGCCAUUAAUACAGGUAACGAGUGAAGGACAGAGGAGCCUCUUAAAGAAGAAGUUACAGGUCUGUGAGAGCCAGAAAUCUUGCUUGUUUGUAGGUGACCAAAUACUUAUUUUCCACCAUAAUUUGCAAAUAAAUUCAUUAAAAAUCCUACAAUGUGUUUUUCUGGACUUCUUUUCUCAUUUUGUCUGUCAUAGUUGAAGAGUACCUAUGAUGAAAAUUACAGGCCUCUCUCAUCUUUUUAAGUGGGAGAACUUGCACAAUUGGUGGCUGACUAAAUACUUUUUUGCCCCACUGUAAGCACUGAAGUCAACGUCCAUUGCUUCACUCGCAUGUCAUCUCUAGUUGGCAGUUUUUGCUCGUUUUUUAAUACUAGUUGUUCCUGCCGACGCCCAGCACCUGGAUCUAAAUGCACUGCUGUGCACAGGGUUUCUCUUUCUUUUUUUGUCUCCAACUCUCCCUUGGUAUGGUUGUCAUCUCUGUCUAUGAUGUAGUCCCCCCACGUGUCGUCCUACUCUUUCAGAUACCCCCAACCUUGAAGAUUAAAGGAUUGAGCAAAGGCUAGCCAAAAAACAAACAAACAAUCUAAUUAGCGUUUGACAUUUUUUUCACAUACAGUUAAUGUUACAUCAGCUAAUUCCAUUAGACCUAUUUAGUUACAUUACAUUAGGCUUAUUUAGUUACACUUCAUUAGGUCUAUUUAGUUACCAAGUAUAUGCCUUACAUUUUACCUCAAAAAAGACUGGGCACAUAUUGACCUGCACAAACCAGCAGAAGACUAAUACUGAUUAUGGGAGAACUGGACCUCAGUCACAAGAUACUGAAUGUUUUAGGCCAGCGUUGUUGCAAAAUACAUGUUAUGCAUAUACUACUAACACCCUUCAAAUCAUUAGUAGUUACCACAACCCUUUCUCGGUAGCAGUUACCGCUACUAAUGUUAUGUACUACAGUGUUACUUGCGGUUACAUUUAUAUAUAUAUUUAUAUUUAUAUUCUGAUAGCACUGAAUAUACCAUUUGUCAGUUGAGGGCUGGAUUCAAUCCGUAUCGCGGAAGUAUUGAGGAAGAUCCAUGUUAAAAUGUGAAGGUAAUUUCUGAUUGAGCUGACAUAUGCAUAGUUUAUUGAUAAAUGCAGUCUCCGCGGACGCGGGAACAUUGCCUUUAAAUUUCAAUCGAGCUAUAACUUGAAUCUUCC